AUGCGCGGCGCUGCCCCGUCGCUUCGUGCUGUCGCCUUCCCUCGACCAGCAGGGGAGCCCAGACAGGAGGCCGUGCUCACCGUUGCCGAGGCGCGGGCGCAGCUGCGCGGCGUGCUGGAGGCGGACCGCGCCGCCGCCGCCCUCGCGCGCCGCGGGGCGGACGCACUGCAGGAGGCGCUUCGCGCCGCGCUGCGGCGGCGCGACGAGCUGCGGCGGUCCGCGGCUGGGCGGCCAGGGGCGGAGACGGACCGGCUCCGGGAGGCGCAGCAGCAGCUGGAGGGCCAGCUGCUCCAGGCCCGGCUCGCGCUGGCCGCGGCCCUCGACGAACGCCACGCCCUCGGCGGCGCCGCCGCCCCCCACCAGCGCGACCGCGAGGGCUGCGCAGCGCAGCUGGCGGUGCUGAGGCAGGCGCUGGACGACGAGGAGCGGAUGGUCGAGGAGGCGCGCUGGGCCGCCUCGCUACUCGAGAGCGCCGCCUCCGGCGCCGCGGCCGAGCUCGCGGAGCUGCGGGCGCAGUGGCCCGAGCUGCAGGCGAGCACCGCGCGCGAGGGGGAGCGGCUGUGCGCGGAGGAGGCGGCGGCGGAGCUCGCGCGCGCGGAGCUGCAGAGGGCCCGCUCGGGCGAGGCCGCGCGCGUGCUGGACCGCCGCGCCAGGGUCUGCCCCGAGAGCGUCUGCGCGCGCCGCGUGCCGGCGUGCCGAGGGGCCUCGCGGCCGAUGUUCGACAGGGCCAGGGAGCAGGCGGCCAGCCUCGCAGAGAAGGGGGCCGACUACGCGCGCGUAGGCGUCGACAAGGCGCAGAACUUCCACUCCUACGCCUCGGCGCAGGCCAAGGAGCAGUCCGCCGCCCUCGCCGAGGCGGGCUACGGUCUGAAGGAGAGCGCGGGAGCCAUCUACGACGCGAAGAAAAAGGAGGGCAUGACCCAGCUGUUCGACAUGGCCGCGGGGCCCCAGAAGAAGAUGCUCUUCGCCCUGCGGGAGGUCGUGAAGGACGGUGCCGUGGCCGACCCCUACAUGGGCGAGUGGAUCAAGACCCGCAUCAAGGACACCAUCGACCUUUUCUGGGUGGACCUGGAGAAGUACCUUGACAUGGCCCGCGACGACUUGCGCGACCAGAAGACUGGCAAAAUGACCGCGAAGAUGGAGCUGUUGGAGGGGGCGGGCGCCGAUGAGAAGAUGAUGACGUGCUGCCUGUACUGGUGGCGAAGUAAAGUCCUCUACGCGUGGUGGCCCUUCGACAUAUCCAUCUUUGGUCAAGCCAGGGACCCGCUCUUUUGGAUCCUGACGAUCCUCUCGUGCCUGACCGGGUUUGGCAUCCGGAUCAUCACCUGCUCGAUCAUACUCCUCUUCAUAGUCUUGGGGCGCCCUGCGGACGAGUACCAGAUCACGCAGUUCAUCCUGACCUUCAAGGGCCUGCAGUUCAUCUCCAGCGGCGUGGUGCUCGGCAUCAUUGCGGCCGUGAAGUACUACAUGUGCGUCUACCCAGACGGCACGCACACAUGCAAUGUGGACGGUCCGGGCGCGACGCAGGAUGUCUGGCAGGGCAUCGUCGACUGGCUCGGCAGCAGCCUCCUCGUGUGGGUUGCGUUUGCGUUCCUGCCCUGCAGCGACCGCACCGCUGGACUGCGCGAGAUCGGGACCGAGGACGCAGAAGCACUGGCUAGGGAGGACAAUGACGCGGUGAGCACCAAGGGAUGCUGCGGGCAGAACAAGUGGGACAGGGGCAGGGGGGGCCGCUUGAGGGGAUUGAUGACAUACGACCUGGUGUGCUUUCUCUUGAGCUCUGCUUUCUUGUGUUUCUUGAUGUGGCGCGACAUGGUCAGGGCCAACAGAGCGAAUCUGGACUUGAACGGGAUCGGGCAGGAGGCAGACUCCCCCGAGGGCCACGUCGCCUUGUUCUGGGCCCGCAUGCUAUACUCGUUCAUGGCCCUUCCGUUCACCUUCUUCAAGAUCCCUGGCAUCUUCGACAUAUUGACCCAUACGGUGCCAACAGGCUAUAAUCGUCACGGCAAGUGCGUGCCGUACAUGCUGAAGCAAGAGCUCUAG